GCCUCUCACCUCUCACCGCUCACCUCCAGUCUGCGCAUCUCCAUCUCCCAUGCCGCGUUCCCUCUUCCUCCUCGGCCUGCUCACCGGCCUCACCCUCUCGCUCGCCUCCCUCUCCACCGCCCUCUUCGCCGCCUCGGUGCGCGAGAAGCGCCGCAUUGCGCGCGCGCGCGCCGCGCAGGGCCUGGGCGGACGGCGGGCGCGGCGCUUUACUGCGGGCAGAGAGGAUGGAGAGGAGAGUGGCAGUGAGAGUGAGAGUGGCGAGGAGGAGAAGUGGGAGGUGAUUGAGGUCAGAAAGGGAGAGGUCGUCAGGGGCGUGCAGGGCGCCAUUGGCAACACGCCGCUCAUCCGCAUCGCCUCGCUCUCGCGUCUCACGGGCUGCGACAUUCUCGGAAAGGCAGAGUUUCUCAACCCGGGAGGCUCGCCCAAGGAUCGUGUCGCGCUGCAGAUCCUCAACGACGCCGAGCGUUCCGGACAGCUGCAUCCACGCACCAACAGCUGUGUCUUCGAGGGCAGCGUGGGCAGCACGGGCAUUUCCCUCGCCAUGCUGGCGCGUGCAAAGGGCUAUCGCUGCAGCAUUGUCAUGCCGGACGAUGUGGCGCGCGAGAAAAAGGAGAUGCUCGCGGCGCUUGGCGCAGAGCUGAGAGCCGUGCGACCUCGAGCGAUUGCGGAUCCGGCACACUUCGUCAACGAAGCGCGCAGACUGGCACAGACGUUUGGCGGCGCCAACGGCACGCUGUUGGCGGGGCCGGGCGCACAUGGCCAUCAGGAGGAGGAGGAGGAGGAGGCAGAGGGAGAGAAGUCCGAGGGACAAGCAAAGCCUGGAGCUGCAGUGGUUGUCUCCUCCACGGCCACGGGCGGCGCCGAGGAAGGCGCAGACGCACUCAGUGAGAAGCCGCGAGGCUUCUUUGCGGAUCAGUUUGAGAGCGAGAGCAACUUCCGCGCGCACUACCGCGGCACGGGCCCCGAGAUCUGGCGGCAGACGGGCGGCAUGAUUGAUGCCUUUGUGUGUGGAGCCGGCACUGGAGGCACACUCGCCGGCGUCUCUCGCUUCCUGAAGCGCAAGUCUCGCGGCGCCGUGCACGUCGUGCUGGCCGAUCCGCAGGGCUCGGGCCUCUUCAACAAGGUCAAACAUGGCGUCGUAUACUCGCACACCGAGGCCGAAGGCACGCGCCGCCGCCAUCAGACGGACACCGUCGUCGAGGGCAUCGGCCUCAAUCGCCUGACGCACAACUUUGCGCAUGCCCUGCCCGCGACGGACGAUGCGGAACGCGUGCUGGAUCAGGAGGCCGUCGCUAUGAGUCGAUGGUUGGUGCAAGAAGACGGACUGUUCCUCGGCUCCUCGUCGGCCGUCAAUCUCGUCGCGGCCGUGCGCGUGGCGCAGAAGCUCAAGCUGGCGCAACAACAGAGCGAGCGGCGAGGCGGCGGCGAGGACAAGGAGGCGGCGACGACGCCGCCCACCGUCGUCACGCUGCUCUGCGACAGUGGCGCGCGCCACCUCUCGCGCUUCUGGAACGACGAGGCCCUGGCGCAGCUGGGCCUGCACGCCACUGCCGACAUGCACUGGCUGUUUCCGGAUGGCGGAGCAGAUGUGUGAAAAUGAAAGCACAUGCAUUGUGCUGCAGAAGC